AUGCUACAAAUUCAUUUCCAAACGGUUUUUAUUGAUUUAAUCCUUGGAUUGCAAACAGAAGCAAAUAGUUCAUAUUUAAAAGAAAUAAUACUAGACGAGGUAAUGUACGAUCAUCCUAUCUACGUCAAAAAGAUGUAUUUCUACAUUUUAAAGUGCCUUCUUCGUAGAAAAUUGUUUACAUAUAACGAAAUCGAGGAUUUCAUUACACAAUACAAGCAUUGCAGCAGAGACGAGUUAUUCGUCUUGUUCUAUACAUUUGCGCAUGAACUAUCCCAGAACAAAUCUGAUACUUAUUCCAUUUAUUAUCCAAAAUUUCACAACAGAUUUUUCUUUAAUUCCUUUGAUGUUAUACUUGUCGACUUCGAUAAAUACCAACAGAACAACUGGGAGCUCUUAGAUCGGCAACUAGAUUCUCAUAUUUUCAAAGGAAGCAUACAGGAGAUGUUAUCAACAGAUAACUUAGUUGAUUUCCAACAGGUAUGCUCCAAUCCUAAUUUUAAUGUGAACGAAUACAUGUUCUAUUCGAUCUUUUCCCAUCAUAAAAUGUUGACAAGUGCAACUCCAGUUGAAAUUGCGGCGUUCUUCGGAUCAAUCAAAAUAUUUAAGUUUUUGAUCGUUUCUGGCGUCACAAUUAACGAAAGACUUGUUCAUUACGCAGUUGCUGGUGGAUCCAUUGAAAUUAUUAGGAUUUGCGAGCAAAAUAAUCUUCCCAUUGCAGGUUCCUUCGAAACUGCAGUGAUUUUCCGAAAAAUUCCAAUAGUUCAAUGGAUAAAAGAUACAUUUGUGCUUUCUAAGAACGAGCUUGUAUCUUCGCUUACUCAGGCAGCUAUUUGGAACUCAGUAAUUUCGUUUGAUUGCAUUCUUGAAGCAAUUAAACUUCAUAAUAUGAAUUGUCAAACAAAAUCUGAGAUGAUUGACCUAUCUUACCUAGAGAUGGCAUCAGAAAAGGCAAUUGAAAAUGGAAACAAACAGUUUGGGUUAUAUUUCACCCAAAUUACUGAUAUUUAG